UUCUGUGAUCUGUACAGCGCAUCGUUCCUCUGCCGCCCAGUGAAUAUAGGCUACGUCAGUUUUCUCGCUUCGCUGAUCUGUCGCUGGGGAUACGUGCCACACUCCAAAGCAAAAUUCAUCAAGGCAUUUCUCACUGUUUCAGCAGAACACUUUACUGGCUGAGAAGAACGACAUUCUGGAAAGAAAUAAAACCGUCUCUGGGUUAAACUUCGACCAACCAACACAGCGGUAGGAGGAGUCAACAGAAGCCAGUGAAGGGGUUCCUUCAUGGUCAGGUGCUGUUCCAUUGAAUAUUGAAGAGAUUUGGGACAGAAAACGUCUGGGAGAGGUCAAAAAAUAAAUUCACUGUGUUGGACUGACACUCUGACAGGUUUGACCCAAGAGCAUUUUGUGACCUCUGGAGCACCACUUCUCAUUUCCUCUUGCAUCAGUUUGUCCUAACCGGUCCUCCUAAAACCUGCUGGAUUUGAGUCAACUCCUUAAAUUUCAGUUAUAGACUGCUGUAUAACAGGCCCUCCAAUCCUCUCGAGUUCUAACCCAACCUUAACAGAGCCAUCCAGCUACCAUUACCAGCCUUCACAGGAGGACAUACAGACAAACAGUGCUGGACUUUACUGCCUCACUCUUUUAUUGCAAGAACUUUAGUAUUACAUCCAGGGAGUUACAUAACACCAAAACAAAGACUUGUACACCUGUGAGCACUCACUCUGAUCGAAUGGCGUCAUAACCACUCAAACACACAAAAGAUUGCCAAUUAUUUACCUAUUCCACCUUUCUUACACACACACACGCACACACACACGCACACACACAAUAGCAAGCGCACACACAGACAAUACAUUAGUAUUUGGUAAUACUAGUUGGAUUACCAAAGUAGCUCACGAUGGGAAAGUAGAUUUCUGACACCACGGAUAGCCUGCACAGAGGUCUGGGACACAGUUUUGUGCCUGAACGUUCCAUGUCUGGCAACGGCAACCCCUGUCCAAGCCCUGGAGGGUUGGGCAGCCCUCUCGGGGGCUUCCCCAUGCACCACUACCCUUACUUCUUCCCUCAUAUGCUAGGGGGGCUCUCCCCUCCAGCCCUUUCAGGACUUCCUGUCAGUGGAUACAGCACUCCAUCUCCUGCAACUGUGGAGACCCAAAGUACAAGCUCAGAGGAGAUUGUACCCAGCCCCCCCUCUCCACCGCCGCCUCCACGGGUCUAUAAGCCCUGUUUUGUCUGUCAGGACAAGUCAUCGGGAUACCACUAUGGAGUCAGUGCAUGUGAAGGCUGCAAGGGCUUUUUCCGAAGAAGUAUUCAGAAGAACAUGGUGUACACUUGCCACAGAGAGAAAAGUUGUAUCAUCAACAAAGUCACCCGAAACCGUUGCCAGUACUGCAGACUGCAGAAGUGUCUGGAAGUGGGCAUGUCUAAAGAAUUGAUCGCCGGGAAAGAACGAAGGCACAUUCAGCUGACACCUCACCAGCACCAGAGAAACGCCGUUCGAAAUGACCGGAAUAAGAGGAAGAAGGAUGACAAGAAGCAGGAGUGUACAGAGAGUUACGUCUUGAGUCCCGAUACAGAGCAGAUGAUUGAACGGGUGAGGAAGGCUCACCAGGAAACCUUCCCCUCCCUCUGCCAGCUGGGAAAAUACACCACGAACAACAGCGCUGAGCAGAGGGUCUCCCUGGACGUUGACCUGUGGGACAAGUUCAGUGAACUCUCCACCAAAUGCAUCAUUAAAACGGUGGAGUUCGCCAAGCAGUUGCCUGGCUUCACCACGCUCACCAUCGCUGAUCAGAUCACCUUGUUAAAGGCAGCUUGCCUCGACAUCCUGAUUCUGCGAAUAUGUACACGCUACACACCUGAUCAGGACACCAUGACAUUUUCAGAUGGUCUGACACUGAACCGCACCCAGAUGCACAACGCUGGCUUCGGUCCACUUACAGAUCUCGUAUUCGCUUUUGCCAACCAGCUCCUGCCUCUGGAGAUGGAUGAUGCAGAGACGGGGCUUCUCAGUGCCAUCUGUCUACUGUGUGGAGAUCGGCAGGAUCUGGAACAGUCAGAUAAAGUGGAUGUGCUUCAGGAGCCACUGCUGGAGGCACUGAAGAUCUACGUGAGAAAGAGGAGGCCUCAUAAACCACACAUGUUCCCCAAGAUGCUGAUGAAGAUCACAGACCUGAGGAGCAUCAGCGCUAAAGGAGCGGAACGAGUCAUAACGCUGAAAAUGGAGAUUCCUGGAUCCAUGCCGCCUCUUAUUCAGGAGAUGCUGGAAAACUCUGAGGGUAUAGAGGGCGGUGGUGGGGUGAGAGGUGGAGGAGGAGCCCCACCAGGAAGCUGCAGCCCCAGUUUGUCACCCAGCUCAGCGCACAGCAGCCCAUCUACACACUCCCCCUGACUCUCAUUUCCAGAUAAGGCUCCAUGCAGAAUUAAACUGGUUAGAAACCAGAAGCAAGCCACAGACAACCAGCGCCAGAGACCAGAAUCCGGUAGACUUUGAUCUGGGUGGACCUGAACUGUAAAUCUGGCCGACUUUCAUUAGUUGAAGACCAAUUGAGUUCCACACAGGUCGAGCCUAAUCAAAACUCACACCGUCAUUAAAAGCACCAGUGAUUCAGCGAUUAAAUGAUCCCUAGACAUUGGCCUCAGUGUAAGAGGAGCAGACUGAAGAUGCUGUGAGACCCUGUGUAAGCAGAAGCAGCUCCUUACUGUGUCUUCCUGGCUCUGCUCCAUUCACACAAACUGUGAAGGUUAAGGGAACUUUUCUCUUUGUCCAAGGGACACCAUCUCUUGGCAUGUGACAUUUAUUUUAGAAAUUUUAAUCGCUUAAGCAAGCUAAGGACAUAGGACGUCAAAUGUCCAAACGUCAGGGACAUUUUGAACUUUCCAACCGUUUUGGUUCUGUUUCUUUGUUUUCUUACAAAAGAUAUAUGAAAAUCUAUAUUGACAGACAUAUGAGAUUAGAAUUUUUUGUCUUAGGUGGAAUGCAGAACAAUUCUUAUCUUUUUUUUCUCACUUUUCUUAAAGAGUCGAAUACAGUUAUGGUCAACCCACUGUUACACUCACUCCAGAAGUUUGUCAUGGUUGUUCUGGAAAUAUUUGUAUUGAGACAAAGACAGAUUGUCCUGUUCACUUCAUGCACAAGGGCACCAUCACACUAGCACUGAAAGAGAUGAGAUAAGACACAAUUUUGUCCAGUGAGGAGAAGAACGAAUGAUUUGGAGAUGUAUUAUACGUCAUCAAAAUGGUAAAUUGGCAGUUUGUGGCUGAGAAAAGAUGGAUCUCAUGUAAACAAGCAGCUUACACUUGUAAGAUAAUGUGUAUGAGAUCUUUUAAAGGGAGCUCUGUCUCCCUGUACCUGUUUUAAUAUUGUUUAUUAACUUUUUGUCAUUUUCAUUUGUUGUAAGAUAUGGCAGACCCUUUUACACAGUAUUAGCAGAUUAGGAAAUGAAAUGAAAGAUUUCCAAAAAUAGUUAAUCACAAAGAAUUAGUUUAUAGCUAAAUGCCCAAAAGGCCACAAAUAAAACCACCACGUCAUUUCAAAAAUAUUGAAAACGAUGUAAUCAACUUAUUUAGCAUUUCACACAGAAUAUUGUGCAGUUUCAUGCCUUUUUUUUCUGCACAUGAAUCUUGAAGCCCUCACUAAAAAAAAAAAAAAGAAAAGAAAAUUGUUUUAAGAUUUACACAUUUUAGACUCAUAACAAAAUUCCAUCAAUUUGAAUUGUCAUUUUUAACCAAAAAAGAAACAAAAACUAAAACUAUAUUUUUUAAUACAUUUUAUUUAGUUGGAAAUUACACGAUUCAAUUUGAAGGCAUUUUGUUGAAAUUGAAAUGUGUAAAUCUUAAAAAUAAUCUAAAAUUUUUAGUGCCGUUAAUGUUAGAUUUGUGUGUAUUUUAUCAUCUCUACCACAUUUUAGCUGUUGCGUGCACCCUGAGAUACUUCCGCCUUGCCACAUUUUUUGAGACUUAUGUAUCUGCAGAACAAAAAUAGGCGUUUCUCAAUCGGUGGCUGUUUUUUUUAACAAGGAUGGGUGUUUUUCAACCGCUUGCCUUCUACAUAGAGAUUCCCUACUUUCAUUGGAUAGUUGAAAAACGCCCAUCCUGGUUUUAAAACACCCACAGAUUGGGAAAGUCCCAUUAUUGUUCCGCAGAGACCUAUACUUUCAUUUUUCUUACCUGGAACUUACAACAUCACUGCCUCUGCUCUCCUGCAACAAUCAGUUAACAGUUGUCAACAACAACACUGCCUCUGUGUGACAAUCACUUUAAGUCAAGCUCACAAACAAUUCUGCCUCUGUAACACACUGAUCGCUGGCUGACAUCUGGAUUGGAGCAAGUAGCCAGCAUUCAUUGACUGUUGACAGACUUCCACAUAUGCACUACUGUUCCCAAUCUCUGGAACUGUAAAAUGUUUCAAAACAUCAAAAAAGGACUAUAUUUACAAGUUGCAUCUUUCUUAACGAGCAAGCAUUCAUUGACUGAAAGGUUUGAUGAUAUGGUGUAAUCCUCCUGUCUUGGUGUGGUAAUUAAAUCUCUAAAAGAUAGCAACUACAAAUAUUUUAUGGUUUUAAAUGUGUUUAGUUUUAUCUGAAUUUGCAUUUCAUUUAGCAACACUGUACUGACUUAAACGCAAUUGAUUGCCAAAAAUGAAUAAAGUACUCAAGGGUUUCUCAGUGCUUAUGCUACAAUCAUUAUAAAAAAAUAUCAAAUGUGAACCAAUUAAAUAAAUGCAAAUUUCUCUAUCAAAGUUAAAAGGCUAUUUCACCCCAAAAUUUACAUUCUAUCAGUUACUCACCCUCGUGUUGAUCAAAACUAUGACAUGCUUUUUUCAGUGGAAUACAAAUCGAGAUUCUAGGCAGAAUAACAGCCUCAGUCACUGUUCUCUAAGUCUUGGAGCAGCAUGACGCCGAGUGAUGACAGAAUUUCAAAUGUUGGGUGAACUAGUCCCUUAAUAGUGUUCCUACAGAUUGUUGUUUUCUUGUUGGGGGGAAAAAAUCAGCAUCUUUGUCCAAUCUGAUUCUGGCAGAUCAGUGUCAGCAUAUCAUUAUAUUGUUCCACUUUACAACAAUUCUGCCUCUGCAUUACGUCUGCUGAGCCAGUCGCCAUGAACCUUUGAGCAGUGUAAUGGGCAAAUGACUUCCUUAACAGAGCGAAGUGUGAACUGUUAUCUACAGUAUGUUUCACUGCAACUAUGCACACAACAUGCACAAAGCUUGAGUCUAGUCACUUCUAUCUAUCUACUUGUUCUGAAAAUCACAUGCCUCGAUGUAUCUCAGCAUGUCAGUUUGGUUUGAUUGUGUAUGUGGGCUGGUUUCUGCAUUCAGUCACUGCCCAAAGGUUCAUUGCUAUUGAGCCAUAAUGUGUCACACACCUCAAUGGGACUUUUCUCACUCAAAGGAUGAAAAGCAUCUUUCAGAGAUCUACACAAUGUACAGCACAAACUCUGUACUGCUUUAACAGUUGUUAUACAGUCAAACGCACAAAAAAAUGUUUCAGUUGUGUCAGGUCCCUGGAUGAUUAGAGUAAUGUUUAAUAAAGACUUCUGUUUCGUGUG